ACUGCUUACGCAGAUGUUUGCUUCAGAGAGUUUGGGAACCAUGUCAAAUUCUGGACCACGAUCAACGAGGCUAAUAUAUACACUAUCGGAGGCUACAGUGAUGGUUUGUUACCGCCUGGUCAUUGCUCCUCACGAAGUAAAUGCUCGUCAGGGAACUCUUCGACUGAACCAUAUAUCGUAGGCCAUAACUUGCUUCUUGCGCACGCCUCUGCUUCAAGACUAUAUAAGCAAAAGUACAAGGAUAUACAGGGAGGUUCCGUAGGCUUUAGCGUAUUUACGAUAGGGUUUACUCCUUCUACAAGCUCCACGAAUGAUGAGAUCGCAGUUCAAAGAGCUAAAGCUUUCAUAUUCGGAUGGUGAGUCAGACACCAAAGGUUCC